CUGGUUGUUGUGUUUGUUUGUAAACUUGCAUUCGGUAUUUCAUUUUGCUGCGGUGCAUUUCAGUUUCUUUCGCUUGGUGAAUUGCACUUUGCGAUCUUGCAAUGGGUGCACAGGUUAAUGCAGCUGAGCUGCUGCAGCAAGCACUAAGCUCGAACAUUAUACCGAAUCAGGAAUUUUUGCUGCAAGGCUCAAUUCUAGAUUCAGCAGCAGAAAAUCUACUGCACCGGUUACGUGGACUGUGCGAUAAUGUGGAUGCUAGCCCGGAAACGUUCAGUGAUAUAGAGAUGUGUUUCAGCUUGAAGCUACCAACCGAGAAGACACCAGUAAUGACGGUCCGGGUGCGACGGGCGCAGGAUGUGGAGGCACCAUUACAGCUCCGUUACAUCGGUCAGCCCGAGCUGGGUGAUCGGACCAGACCGACGCUUGUGCGGAGCAGUCUGGACAUUGCCUGCACACCGCACGUGAUCGAUUUUCUAACCGAGAUGGGCUUCCGGCUGGACUUUGAGUACUGCACCAAAGGGUACAUGUUUCGCAAGGGGCGGAUGAAGAUUACCGUCUCCAAAAUACUGAAAAACAUGACCGAACCAAUCUCGCAGAGCUACCUGGUGGAGCUGUCCGUGCUAGCACCGAAGGGACAGGAUGCGAUCGCCGAGGAUAUGCGAAUUUUUGCCGAGCAACUCAAACCCUUGGUGCAGCUGGAAAAGAUCGAUUACAAACGAUUCGCACAAAUGCCUUAAUGCCAGGCGCUUAAUUAUUCUUCAGGACUUCAGUUUUAAUACAUUCUUGGUUUAUUGUGAAAGUAUCGCACUAUAUGUCAGUAAAAAAAACUUUUUUUUGUAAAAAAAUAAACCAAUAUAACGCAAACGAAAA